CGAUGGGAGCCGGUGAAGGAAGACCCACUGGUUCUUAUUUCACCUGCCUGAGCUGUUUCUGAACAGUCAUAUCGUUUUAAUGCUGCUUGGAAAGGAUGAAGGGCAUUUUACUUCGCUGUGUUCUUCUCUGGGCGACGUUGCAGCGGAACAACAUGCAAAUGACUGUACCUGCCACAGUGUUGAACUGCUGUGAAGGCGAUAUUCUCCUUCUGCUGGACUCUUCUGGAAGUGUAGCAAACUACGAGUUCUCCCGUCUGUUGCACUUCAGCGGUGAGCUGCUUCGCCCCUUCUCAUUGGGCCGCGGACACGUAAGGGUCGGGCUGCUGCAGGUGGGCACAAACCCGAACCUGGAGUUCGGCCUGGACGUCCACAAGGAUCAGAAAAGCCUGCAGAAAGCUCUGUGGCAAGUCAGCCAGCUGCAGGGAGACACCAAUACAGAGGCAGCGCUCGGGGUGGCCCAGCAGCUCCUGACAGAGACGGAUAAGAACGUGCCAAAGGUUCUGCUGUGGCUGACGGAUGGCGUGCAGCCCGGAGACGUGGACGAGCCGAUGUCUGAGCUGAAGGCGCAGGGAGUUUCUGUGUUAGCUGUGUCUACGGUACACGGCAACUACCAGGUGUUACAGCGUGCAGUGACACCUCCACUGGAGUCUCACCUCUACUCUGUGGACAUAGAUAACAUCGAAAUCAUCACAGAGGACCUGAGGGAGGCCAUUAUCAAAAUUAUUCGUGCAGAACGGCUGCGUGUGGUUCACUUGACCUCCCACAGUGCUGUGCUGCAGUGGCGUCCUCUUCUGAGUGCAGACAGCGGUUACUAUGAGCUCUCAUACAACUCUAUAGGGAGAAGGGACCCUGACACCAGACGCACUCUCUCAGGUGACGCCAGCUCAAUUGAGCUGACCCAGCUGCAGCCUGACACCACCUACACAGCUACCCUCCGCCCCGAGUCCAACCAGAGGCUGUUCAACACACUCUCUGUUAGCUUCACCACACUUCCUGAUGUUUUAGGCCCGGCUGUGGUCUCCGUGUUGGACUCUGGCCCACGUCACAUCCGUGUGAGCUGGGGUCCUCUGCAGCCGGCUCAAGUUAGAUAUACGGUGGAGUAUGGAGCUAUUCCCAGGGGACAUGUCCACACUGUGACAAUCCACGGGCAGCAGAACUCCACCUUACUGACGGGCCUGGAGCCGGGCACUCAGUACCUGGUCACAGUGAGCGCUCGUCAUGACAAUGGCAAAGAGAGAGCCAUGUCUGUAAGAGCGUGCACUCAAGAGGCUGCUCUGCCGGCCCUGACCGACCUUCAUCUGACCCCGGUGCAGCGUCAGGAGGUGCAGGUAGCGUGGACGGCCCAUCAGGAAGGUUUGAGAGGCUACUGGCUGAGCUGGGAGAAACUAAACUCCCACUCGAAGCCCUCCAUCUCCUCCAUCUACCUGCCUCCCAGCUCUAGUUCAACACGUCUCACGCAUCUCGCACCGAGCAGUCGAGUGUGCGUGUCCCCGAUCUACAGCUCGGGCAGAGGAGACGGGUUAUGCUGCACUGCAGAGAUGCACACAGGUGCCAGACAGUGGGGUUAACAACCAGCGUCUGCAGUAAUCAGGCAGCUGGAGCAAAAAAAAAGUGGGUGAAAUGGAGCAUUUUGAGUGCUGGAUGCAUUUGAUAACUUGUGCAGAAAUGAAUAUAAUUAUGAAUAAUAUUAUGCUAAGUUAAAAUGUUCUCCUUGAAAUGAAUUGUAGUGGCAGAAAAAGGCUUUAUCACACAACCCCAGCCCUCUGUCCUCACAGUUCUGAGCAAAAUUUGACAUAAUUAUUCAUUUUAAUCAUCAACUUUGUGGGAAGGCUGCCCAUCAAACACAUCAGUUAGUCAGGAACAUAAACAGCUGCACAGUUAGCAGGUAGGCAUUCACAGUGUGAGCAGCUAUUGUUAGGGCAAUUAUUAUUUAUUAUUAUGAUUAAGUCUGUAAUGUCAGCCUGCAUAAUUACAGAUGUAUUUAUACUUGAAUUUAUAUGAACAGUGUUGUUUUCUGCUUGCAGGUACAGUGCUUAACAAAUUUAUUAGACCACCUGUCAUGUGAACAAGAAAACAUAAAUCUUUUAGAAAUCUUUCAAAAGCUUGUUUAAAACUAAAAUGUUAUUUAUUUAGCAAAUAACAUGAAUUCACCUUUUUAUACCCAGAUUAGAGCCGGCUCACUGGGCUUCAUUCAACCACUAAAACUAAUGUUGCUGUUCAGAAAUGCAAGUAAAUAACUAUAAUUUGACGACUUCUUCAAGAAAUAAUUAUGUUCUUUACUAUUUUUACAUUUUUUUGUAAAACAGUCAAUUUGAAAAUUCCUGGAUAACAGUAAUAAUUAUAUUUUAGCAUUAAAAAUCUAAUUUCUGUUAAAGAGCUUCUACAUAGUGUUGUAUUAACCAUUACAGGAACAUAAUUUUUUUUUUUGGUAAUUACAAAUGCUGUUAAUUUAGGACCGCUGUGGCACAAACCGGGGGUCUAAUACAUUUGUUGAGUACUGUACAUUCAAAGUUUUUGUUCUGCUCUGUAUUUCCUCCUUGACUUGUUGACCUGUCGUUUUAAAUCCUAAUCACAGUGAAAUAUUUUUUGGGCCGAGGCUUCACACAGCAGAGAAGUGACUUUAGUUAGAAUGGAGUAUUGGUUACAGCAUCUGAAACAAGAUAAGCAAGAGGAGAUGACAUAAUGUUAUAAUUAUUAUUGCAACUAACUGAAGAACCAUAAACCAAAAAACUGUCGAGCUGUGUCAUUAAAAAUGCUAGUGCCCUAAUAAACUGCAUCCUGAGAAGCUGAACUACAGAAGCCUGAUGAUUGGGCAAAACAGCAUUUAGUUUUCAUUUCAUUAUUCAGUUUAAUUGGUGGAAAAGAGAUCAAGCUACAUGAGCAUUGUUCAGAGGUCUGAAGCUACAGUGAGAUCACAGGUCACCUCGAACCUUUUUACUCCACUGUUUGAAUUGUUCUCAUAUUUUCUCUUGAAAGUCUGUUUAAAAAAGUCAGCUACAGAGGCACUGAACAUACUGAACCAUCCAAAUCCUCUCUUGCUGUUUGACAAAUCCCACUUGAUCAUAACUGUUUAUUAGCACAGGUUAAACACUACAGAAGGACAGGUGUUGUGCUGUGUUUAAAUGGACCUUUUUCAGCAGAUAUUUUGACUUGUCAUAGCAUGAAAAGGUGAAAUUAAAUCAUUAACAAUGGCUCAGUUCCAAUGAGUGUCCAUAAAAGGGCCUCCUCUAAGUGGAAUGCAGCCAUCAUUAAUGUUAGUUAAUGUACUGGUGCUUCAGAGUCAAAUUCAAAUGAGAGGAUCACCGCAUUGCCUGCUAAUUCUCAGAUUAGCAUAGCACUUAUAGGCAUAUAGAAACAGUGUUUUUUAUGAAAAUGAUCCCAAUGUAUUAAGAUAAAAACAUUGUGUUACACAGCAGUGUCUGUGCAAAGUUAUUUUCCAGAAUCUUUGUAGUUGCUGCAGGAAACAAACUGUUGUAAUGAUGCAUGCUGGCAAAUAUCUUGGAAUAUUUGUAUUGCAUUUGAUCAAAUUCCUGUUUAUGUGCUAUUUUUUUCAUCAUAAUAGAAAUUGUCAAAUAUUGAGAUUCAUUAAUGAGUCAGAAAAACACCAGUUUUUCUCUUGGCUUCACUCAGUGACGGACAUUUAGCAGUUGCAUCAUUAUGUCACACACAGUAAAAUCAGCCAGAUGUGUUUUUGUGCUGCCGUCGGUGAUAAAACGAGAGGGGAUGUGCUGCUGGUGAAGCAUGAAGAUGAUUGUUGUAUUAAAGGUUAUCGGCUCUUUAGAUCAGACUGAAUUCCAGCUGCAUCCUGUUUCUGCGCUUUCUGUACAGUGUUUAGUGCUGAUAGCCAAUAUGGACUGUAAAUAUAUCUUUUUACCGAUAUUUUUUUGUAUUUCACUUUAUAUGCUACUGAAUCUGUGGCCAGGUUUGUCUGGCAAAAUGUCUUUCUGGUCAAAUUAAUAGAAAAAGAUUUUUAUUAAAAAUAUUUAUACAGAG